AGAAAGAAAGAAAGAAAGAAAGAAAGAAAGAAAGAAAGAAAGAAAGAAAGAAAGAAAGAAGCUCUCACCUUUGAGGCUGGAGGUGCCGACGGUGGGCACGGCGGGGCAGGAGGACUGGGCGAAGCACUUGAAGGCCGUCUGCUCGUUGGACGACUCGUCCGAG